AUGCUGCGAUCGCUCCUUCGUGAUGGCGGCAACGUCCCUGCUGCUGCUGCUGCUGCUGCAGUGGCCGCGUACUGCGCGUCCUCCCGUGCCACAUCAACAGCACGGAGUGAAUCGCCCACUGGGUUUGCGCGCCAACCACCACGAGCCAUUAUUUCCGACCCAGAUGUGUUUGCAGCCAAGUUAAGUCGCAUGGCUGCCGAUGGUCCGUCGCAGCUGCUCAUGAUAGCUGAUUUUGACUACACGUUGACGCCGUACUACACCCCCAAGGGCGAGCACGCCCAUUCGUGCCACGGCAUCAUCAGUGGCAGCGGGUUCCUCGGGCCGGAAUUUCAAGCCAAGGCGAAUGCUCUGUUUCAGCAGUUUUACCCCAUUGAGAUCUCUCCCCUCUUGACGCACGACGAAAAGGAGCCACACAUGAUCGAAUGGUGGGAGCGGUCCCACAAGAUCAUGGUCGAGUAUGGGUUGCACGCCCACCACAUUCAAGAUGCAGUGGCCGACGCCGACAUUACGUUUCGCGCCGGCUUUCGGCCGCUGUUUGCAUCCCUCGCAACAGCCAACGUGCCGACGCUCAUCUUUUCUGCUGGUCUUGCGGAUGUGAUCCAAGCCGUGAUGAACAAGACGUGGGGCGAUGCUUUUUGGACGCCCAAUGUGCACGUGAUAUCGAACGUGAUGGAAUUCGAACCGACCACGGGGCGCUUGGUCGGGUUCCAAGAAAAGCUGAUUCAUUGCCACAACAAAAACACAGCCGUCGUGCGGGAUACGCCGUUCUGGGACGAGUGCCACUCGCGGCGCAACGUGGUGCUGCUCGGCGAUUCGAUUGGAGAUGUCAACAUGACCGAAGGUCUCGAUGGCAAAGAAGUGCUUCGCAUUGGGUUCCUCAACACUCAUAUUGAAGAGCGCAUGGCCGAGUACUUGUCGCUGUACGACGUCGUGAUUGUGAACGACGGGACGCUGCACUUUGCCCACGUCGUCGUCGAUCUCAUCACGCGUCCUCCAUCCCCGCCACGAUCAGUCGCCGAAGUCCCGUUGGCAGGACUUUAA